AUGAGUCGGAUCCUUCAGAGCCGCCUCCCUUCGCGCUUGUCUUCUCUUCGACUUAGCGCCUCUCGCAUUGCAGCCCCGUCCUUGCUAGCAGCCCGCAACAUCCAUCUUGUGGCGGACAGCACCAGGGUCAAGGGUGCUGUCCCUGAGUCGGGCUCUGAGCCAUUUACGCUCAUUCUAAGCGAAGAUUCGUUUGAUAGCUACAAGAUCGAUCCACCAAGCAACGAGCUCACCAUUACCAAAGAUCAACUCGUGGAACUCUACAGCGAAAUGGUCAAGAUGCGCCGCAUGGAAGUGGCCGCCGAUCAAGCUUACAAGAACAAACUUGUCCGUGGUUUUUGCCAUCUUUCUAUUGGUCAGGAAGCUGUUGCUGUAGGUAUGGAACAAGCAAUCAAGCCGGAUGACAGUCUGAUCACUGCGUACCGAUGCCACACGUUUGUGGUACAGCGUGGCGGUACUAUCAGUGGUAUGCUCGCUGAACUUUUUGGCCGCGAGGGCGGUCUCUCGAAGGGCAAAGGUGGCUCGAUGCAUGUCUACACCCCCAACUUCUUCGGUGGUAACGGUAUUGUCGGAGCCCAAGUCCCUUUGGGUACGGGCCUCGCAUUUGCGCAAAAGUACCUGAAAACGAACCAUGCGACGUUCACGCUGUACGGUGAUGGUGCUUCGAACCAGGGCCAGGUGUUCGAAUCGUUCAACAUGGCAAAGCUGUGGAACUUGCCCAACGUGUUUAUCUGCGAAAACAACAAGUACGGUAUGGGUACGAGUGCCGAGCGCAGUUCGAUGAACACCCAAUUCUACACGCGUGGUGACGUCAUUCCUGGUAUUCAGGUGAAUGCCAUGGAUGUGCUGUCUGUCAAGCGUGGUACCGAAUUCGCUCGUGAGUACACGCUGUCUGGCAAGGGCCCUCUUUUGAUGGAGCUUGUGACGUACCGCUACGGUGGUCACUCGCUGUCGGAUCCAGGCACCACGUACCGUACGCGUGAAGAAAUUCAAAAGAUGCGUAGCUCUUCUGACCCUAUUCAAGGCCUCAAGAAUCAUAUCAUUGAAUGGGGCGUGAUGGAAGAGUCAGAGCUCAAGAAAGUGGACAAGGCUGCCAAGGAGCUUGUGGACAAGGAACUCGAAGCUGCCAAGAACUCGCCAGAGCCCCCUGUGGAAGAUCUAUUCAAGCACAUCUACGUCGAAGGCACUGAGCCGAAGUUUAUGCGUGGACGCGAGCGCGGCGAGGUGCACUACUACUAA